ACGCACUGGGUAUACCUUUGGCGUUAUUUUUCGACGUGCAGGGUAGUCCGAUAGACUUCUAUAGAACUCAACAGCGUUGAAAUUUGACGUCUUGGGUCAGCACACCGCAACCCGUUGUCUGCCUUAUGGGUCGACACUACAAUAAAUAAAAAUAAAAAAGGAAUAGGCUACAAAAAAUGAUUUAUGCCAGGGCGAGUCAAAUGGCGGCUCCCAGAUCAUUUUUAUCUGGCCCUCCAACUGGUUUUUGAUGUUUAAAAACCCUUGCAAUCUGAUAUCAAAGUGCCCUCUGCAUAAAGGUUUAGCGCGUUCAUCAGCGGUGAGUUUAACAACGCACACGGUGUACAACCGCACUCAGCGGUGAGUUUAACAACAAUCAACUGCAGGUAAAAGGGCGUUCAGAGGUGAGUUUGACCAAAGCAACGCUCAACUGCAGGUAAAAUGGCAUUAAAAGGUGAGUUUAACAACGCUUCAAGGCGCGUGCAAGUAAGCAUUUUAAGAGUUUUCUUGUCAUAGGUAGGACACUGCUUUAAUUAUAGCAUGCUGGAUAACGUUUUUAUCGGAGGUUUGUUGAUUUUAAUAAAUAUAUAUAAUAUGCUACGAUUGAGUUCAAUUCAUCUUUUUUUUUGUUGUUGUUUUAUUAAAUCCUCUAAAUUAAUAACGCUGACGUCAACGUAUGGGCGAUCCCAAGGUCCAUUGCGAUUUUACACUCGAUUUCAAAAUGACUCAAAGGAAGUUUAAGCCUUGCCCCUCCUGCCAAGCACCUAACCAGGUGAGCCGCAAAACCUGCAGCUCUUGUUUCGCACCCAUCUCCCAAAAAAACAAAGUAGCUGCCAAAAAAAUGACCCUGGACAGGAAGUGGGGGGAAAGGGUCCUAAAAAAUAGAAAUGCGGGAAGAGUGGUGGACUCUGCCCAUAUUGCAGUAAAAAAACUAAGUGCAUUGGGCUAUGUCCCAAUUCUAUUUUUCGGCAAGAAGGAUAAGGCCUCUGGAAAGUGGGUGGCCGAUGUGGUGACUCAUCUGCCACCCACUGAGGAUAACCUAAAAAUUGUGGCCACCAUGAGAAAGGCCUACAAUUUUGUAUUGAUCAAAGAAGGGAACUCCACGACGACAUUGCCCGAGCCUCAGGCCCAGCCAGAGCCACAGCAUCAGGCCCAGACCGAGCCCCAGCCUCAGGCCCAGCCAGAGCCACAGCAUCAGGCCCAGCCCGAGCCCCAGCCUCAGGCCCAGACAGAGCCACAGCAUCAGGCCCAGCCCGAGCCCCAGCCUCAGGCCCAGACAGAGCCACAGCAUCAGGCCCAGCCCGAGCCCCAGCCUCAGGCCCAGACAGAGCCACAGCAUCAGGCCCAGACCGAGCCCCAGCCUCAGGCCCAGACAGAGCCACAGCAUCAGGCCCAGACCGAGCCCCAGCCUCAGGCCCAGACAGAGCCACAGCAUCAGGCCCAGACCGAGCCCCAGCCUCAGGCCCAGACAGAGCCACAGCAUCAGUUCUUGGCCCUGGCUGAGUCCCAGCCUCAGGCCCAGGAAAAAGAGACAUUUUAUCUUUUAGAUUUAUACCCCGUCUCUCUCCCUGUGAAAGAACAACCCCCCCCCCAAAAAAAGAAAGUGUAAGUGAACUGUGGUCUUAGCACACUAUGUAUGAAUUUCCCCUUUUUGUAAUCAUUAUUCAUGAAAUUUAAAUUUCAGGUGAAUUUAAAUACAGUCAAUUAGUUAAUAGUGAGUAAUUUUCAGUGGCCAGUCUGAUACACAAAGGAGUUUGUCCUCGCAUACACACCUUUCAGUACUGAACAAACACUCUAGGAGUAAAGCAAUGAGCAAUACACACUUGAGGAGAGAUGAAUACACACACACACAUCAAUAGGCAGCCCAGGUAGCCCCCCCCCCCCCCCCCCUUCAUUCCAGGAAUGAUAACUAUAACCAUAACGAUAAAAGCAUCCAGACUGACCAACAAUAAGCAAAGUCUCGCCUUGUGUUAAUAAAUGUAAUGGCUAAAAUGUGAUGGGUUCUUAUUGGCUGUUAGCUUUUUAUCAUUCUCAAAAUCGCUUUAAAAGUGAUCCCCAACGAUAUUGUUCUCCAUGACGUUAUCGUUAUAGUUUAUCAUAUUAACGAGAACAAUAUUUUUUUAUAGUUAUCGUUCUUGGUGUGAAUGGCCCUUAAUAUAUGUAUUCUUUAGUUAUUUAGCUGUAUUUUCUGAUGUUUUCAAAGUUCGAGGACAAUGGUUAAUGUUGUUCCCCAGGUUUUAUGAAACUUGGUUAAGAAUUUGUUAAAGUUUCAUUUCAAGUUUUUUGACAUUUAUGGUUAAUUAAUAUAUAUAUAUAUAUAUAUAUAUAUAUAUAUAUAUAUUUUUUUUUUUUUUUUAUAUUUAUAUUUAUUUAUUUAUUUA